AUGAGUUUUCUUCAGGUCGCGGCUGUUGGGGAUGACUGCUAUCUUCUUCUGACCGACGGCACCAUCAAAAGAUGGACUCAAGGGUCAUCUACCUCCUGGAAGAUGGUUGAUCACAACCCAGCAACUGUCCAAAUUAUUGGCAGUGAACCUUUUGCCCAGCGUCACAAAUUGGGCCACCUCUAUAAGAGGACGCCUGCGUGGACCCAUUUUGGCGCUGACGCCACUAAGCUCUGGGGAUCAAACAACCAAUUUUGGAAAUACCAGGAAUCAAACGGCGGCACACUACACCAAAUCGGUCCCCACACCAAUGAUACCUGGGAACAAACUGAUUCAAACUGUCGCGUUAAAGACGUUGUUUUUUCGCCAAAUCCAAAUGGCACAUAUAACGUGUUUCAGUUGACCGAGGCUGGAAGGAUUUUAAUGUAUCUGGGCCCUAGGGGAAAAGACUGGCAGCCGAUCAAUGAGGAUACAGCUGAGGCUGAUACCGUUGCCUUGGUAUCCGACCCUAAUGGCCUUUACAAAAUGCAUCGAAACGGGGUCAUUUUCCAGUGGGAGGGCAGUGUGGAAGAAAUGAAAAAGUGGAAGAGGAUUAGUAGUGAUCUAAGAACAGUGGCUGUUGCUGCGGGGAAAGCAGGCCUGUUCAUGAAGAUGAAGGACGGCAAGAUCUAUAAGAAUUCUGGAGGGACUAGGUGGAACGCUGUUGUUACUCCUCCUGAUACUGAUCAGCUUGUGGUGGGUAACUCUGCCUACCAAGUGAACACCAAGGGAGAAAUCUUUGUGCUACUGCAUGACGGCAAGUGGAAAAUUCUGAACGAUGAGCCAGUAAAGCCACCGACCAAACCAGGGCCAUCUGGUGGUGUUCAGCCCGCUGAGGCUUACAAUGGAGGGUAUAAUACCGCAACUGAGACGCGUCUACGUAUUGGCAAUGGAGGCGCUGGCCAAACUAGGUUGAUUGAAGCUAUUGGAAAUGCCUUUAUCAAAUACAAGGUCUCUAAAGGGUCAGACCCUUUCAUUGUGGCUUGGUAUAAGAGUGAUACUACAGAAUCCAUCCAAUACCUUAAAGAUGGAGUAGUCGAUGCAUGCAUCACUUACACCCCAGCUGCCGAGGAUAUUGCCGUUAGUCAAGGAAUCGCUCUUUCUAGUCACUACAUUUUCCGAGAACACUUCUGCUUGGUCGGCCCAACCGAUAACCACGCGAAUCUUGACUACAAAUCUUGUAUCGGCACUCAAUUCAUCGCCUUAUAUAAGGCUGCAUCAGAAGAAUCUCCAGACAAGAAGACUGUUCGGUUUCUUAGUCGCUUUGAUAAAUCAGCAACCAAUAUCAAGGAAUCCGAGCUUUGGCUCAAGGUUGGGCAAGCUCCUUGGGCGACUAAACGCUCUGCAUGGUAUCACGAGUUUAUUGCCUACCCUAUUCAGGCACUAGGUGCUGCAGCUGCUUUAGGCGAGUAUACUCUCACUGAUUAUGGAACGUGGCUCUCAGUUGAAUCGACAGUCCGUAAUCAGCUAGCCAUCUGCAAGAAGGGAGAGGAUAAAGAAGACGAUCCACUCUUGUUGCCAGCACAUUUGCUGCUUGGGGCAAAGGCCCAAGAUUUACCGCUAGCUAAAGAGUUUGCAGCUUGGAUGACAGACAAGCAGGGCGGACAAGCGGUUAUCACUGUCUUUAAGAAGAGUGACGAGCAGGUCUAUUCAGUUGCUCCUUAG